GUGUGUGUUUGAAACGUUAUGUAGAGGUGAGGAAGAGGUGCCAAAUGUGGAAGUGAGAGGAUAAACCGAGGUAAAAGUGGUCGACCGAGAGAUUCCCGAGAGUGAGACACCAGUAGCAACUACAAGCCUGAGUGGAAACUUGAACGGUGGACUGAUGUCGCUGCAGGUUGAGAAUGGUGGUCAGGUGCAGGUGCCCCGGGCGCUGAUGCAGGCUUUCCUGAAGCAGGAUCCGAAUCAUCCAGGCCUGGAAACAGUGCGAUUACCCCCGAGUGUGGAGGAAGAGUCGCCGAUAGCGCCCCCGUACUGCCGCGAGAUAGAGACCGAGGUGUGCCUGGUGUGCAGGAGAUGCGGUCGUGCCUAUCCCCAGGAGUCAGCUCUGCUGGCGCACCAGCGCUCGUGCUACCUCGGCAAUCAGCAGCGACGAGGUGCCCUGAGACUAGUGCAGAUGCGAUACAGUUGCACAAUGUGCGACACUGGUUCCUCCACCCGAACCUACGGUACCCUCAUCGAGUGGCGGCGACACUCCGAGAGCGUCCAGCACAGGGCAAGACUCGAGGCCACCAAUCAACAGAGAACUGGACAAUUCGGUGGCCAGCGGUACGGGAUUUUAACCGAUGAUGGACAAUCGGGCGAGGAGGCAAAUCCUCUCACCGACGAGAUGGAGGACGUCGUCAAUCAGAUAACACUGUUGGCUGCCAGGGCUGCUGCCGAGAGUACAACCACUGGCCAAUCACCAGCCACCCAGGACAACAACAAUGGACCCGAUGCUAAACGGCAAAAACUCGUCCAGGAAGUCGCUGCACUCGCUGGUGCACGCUAAACAGGGUGCUUCGGACUAUUUAAAUUAAUAUUCAAAAGAGCCCACGGAGACUGCUUUACCGACAGGGAAUGAAAACCAUUAUUACCGAAUGAUGAUUAUAAAUUAUUAUACUAUUAUGAUUCAUUGAGUACAUUACGAAAAUGAAGGUGUGCGGGGUACCAGAGACACGAGUGAUUAAUGCAGGCUGCCAAAAACGGAAAAUUUUGUAAUAGAGAGAAAAAAAAAACAAAACAAAGAAAAGAAAAGACAUUGAAGGCACCUGUAACUGCCGAUUCAAUGAUGAGAAAAAUAAUUGGUGAUUGUUCUCCGUUUUGCCUGUUAUUUUUGUAGCCAAGACGCGUCUCGUUGCUCGCGCACUCAACGAAGUUCCUCUAAUUAAUGAAAAUUUAACGAUAGACCACGAGAUCCACGACGAAUUUAAUGAUAAUUCGAUUUGACUG